AUGUGUUAUACUUUUAACGGGAUCUGUGAUAUCUGCGAUAUUUAUAACAGCCCUAUUAAUUUAAUUGUUGAAGAGUUAGUAAUGGGUUUUGCAAGUACAAAAUACGCAAACAUCCAAGACGAUUGGCCAGAUAUCCAAUACUUCUUUGCCCCCUACAGUGACAGUUCCGAUGGAGGUUUGUUCAGUAAAAGAGCAGUCGGUCUCAAGGAUGAAGUAUUUUCAGCCGUUUUCGAAGAAAACUUAUACAAAGAAUCAUUUACAGUAAUUUCUUUGUUGAUGAGGCCCAACAGUAGAGGAAGGAUAUUUUUGAAAAACAAAAAGCCAGAGUCUAAACUUAUAAUUUAUCCGAACUAUUUUGAUGAUCCUUAUGACGUUAAAGUGUUGGUCGAAGGUGCAAAACUAGCACACAAAAUAGCCACCGAAACUCCGACAAUGAGAAAAUACAAUGCCAGAUUCAACCCUCUAAAAAUGCCCGGAUGCCAACAUUUGGAAUUUUUAUCUGACGAAUACUGGACUUGCUUAGCCUACCAUUACACCCUAACAAUCUACCAUCCUGUGGGUACUGCCAAAAUGGGUCCUGAUAAAGACCCUAUGGCCGUUGUGGAUCCUAGAUUGAGAGUCAGAGGGGUGAAAAAUUUACGGGUUAUCGACUGCAGCAUAAUGCCUUACAUUCCAAGUGGAAAUACCAAUGCUCCAGUUAUAAUGGUAGCUGAAAAAGCGGCUGAUAUGAUCAAAGAAGAUUGGGGAGUUUUAUAUCCUCCAGAACCAUACGGACCACGCCCAGAGUUUUACGAGCGCCGAGAAGCUGAAAUUAGGCAAGGACCCAAAGACACAAGUUCCCAUUUUGAUAAAGAUAGGAUUGUUGAACCAAACCAUCAAGUAGUGAUGGAGAAAACUCCAGUUAUAAAUCCAACCUAA